GGGGAGGAGGAAGAAGAAGAAGAAACUGGAAGAAAGUGGAAAAAGGAGCAGGAGAAGAAGAAGUGGCUAAAAAAAGAAAAACAACACGGACACUUGGCUGUCUGUGAACAAACAAGGUUACACAGUUAUCUGAGAGAUAUUUACCCAAUCCACAAUGUGAGCUGUGUAAAACCUUUCUGACACCCUGAAGCAACUGCUGAUAUGGUGGACCUGAGAAAGACCCUCAAGAGACCCCAGCCUCACUUUUCUAUGAGAGCCUGGGGAAAAUGUUGGCACAGAUUAUGGAUUUAGGAUAUAAUCUUCCAUGAGAACCCAUUUUCACAGCUCUUCAAUCAAGUAUCAGUGAGGAACAUGGAGAGAGAGGCAGAAGAGAGGGAGAUGGACGGCAUUACAGACACUGAUGACGAGGUCUCUGACGGUGACCCCACCUCAGUGACCAAGUCUUGUCACUGGGAGGCCAGAAAGACUGAAGAUGACUACAAGGAGCCGGAGGAUGAAACAGCCUAUCGCAAAUCUAACGCUCAGGACACCCCAAACCCAGCCACUCCACAAGACUCUGGCAUCGGUGAAGCAGAGUACUGUGGAUCGACAGAGGCCAAAGAGGAUACUGAGGAGAUUUCAGAUGAAUUAGAGCAUGAGAGCACCGAAGAUCAUGAGAGCUCGCAGGUUAUAAAUCAAGAGGAGGAUGAAGCUGCAAAGGAGCAGCACAUGAAUGGGGAGUCCGUUUGGAGGAGCGCGGGAGCUGGACGGAGGUGCAAACUGAGGAGCAGUGGAUCGAUUUCAGAACAGAGCGGUCAAAGUUCAUCUAGUGCUUUUUCAUCUUCCUCCUUUCAAAAAGGCAAUGUUGUGUCAAGUGGCGGCAGGCACAAGCAGACCCGCAGACGUAACCACCAUCACCAUCAGCAGAAUCGGGGCCGGCGGCGGACAGGAAACCAGCUAGUCUUAGCUUUCAAGGAAAUGCUGUCAGGGUCUCUCAGCUUCUGGUGCAUCUCCUGCGUCCACAUGAUGAUUGAGAUUAUCGUCACAUUAACUCAUAAUUGUGGAGUCGGCGUGGAGACUGGAGGGGUGAAACUUUACAAUUUUGGGCAGCAGCUCUUUGUAAAGAUCACAGAUAUACCAGGAUUGAAGGCGGACGCUGGUCGAAUUUUGAAAUGGACGAAAUGUACUGGAGCAGACCUGGUGGAUAAAACUGUUAGGUCAGCCAAGUGGGCAAAGACAGCUGCCUUAACUAGUUUCAGACUUUUCUGUGCUUUGGUAAUUCUGGGGUCCCAGUGGCUAAAGGGUGCGUUAGUCCGGCUUGGAGGAGAGAGGGGGAAACGCUAUUGGGCAGCUUUUCAGGAUUCAAGGUUUUGGAACAGGGUGACGUUCCUGCUGGAGAAAGUCCGGAGCCGGUUCAGGAGGGAUGGCCACACACAACCGUCCACCCCUGAGUCACCAGGCAGAGCAGGGAGAAACCAACCAGGCCAGGAGCUAGAAAGACUGCUUGCGUUGGCUGAGGUCCCGGAAGAUGAGCUCGACCCCUUUACGGUGCUCGGUGUGGAGGUCCACGCGACAGAGACCGAGCUGAAAAAGGCCUACAGACAGCUGGCUGUCCAGGUCCAUCCAGACAAGAAUAAACACCCACGAGCUGGAGAGGCGUUCAAAGUACUGAGGGCUGCCUGGGAUAUUGUCAGUAACCCAGAGACACGACGAGAGUAUGAAUUGAAGCGCAUGGCAGCAACUGAGCUCUCCAAGUCCAUGAAUGAGUUUCUCACUAAACUGCAGGAUGACCUGAAGGAAGCCAUGAACACCAUGAUGUGUACCAAGUGUGAAGGCAAGCACAAGCGGUUCGAGAUGGAUCGUGAACCAGCUGAGGCCCGCUUCUGUGCUGAAUGCAGCCGUUGCCAUAGUGCUGAGGAGGGGGACCUCUGGGCGGAGUCCAGCAUGUUGGGCCUACGCAUCACGUACUUUGCCUGUAUGGAUGGCAAGGUGUACGAUAUAACAGAGUGGGCUGGCUGUCAAAGAAUAGUAAUUUCUCCCGACACACACCGUGUGCCGUAUCACAUCUCCUUUGGCUCAAAGAACAACAGCAACCCCACACGACACAGGACGCCCCCAGAGCCCGCCACAGGUCCAACCAACCCUGCAGACCUGCAGGACUUCUUCAACCGCAUCUUCAAGGGAGGACCUCCUAAUGACAUGGCUGCCAAUGGGGGCUUCUUCCCCUCAGGUCCGCCCCCUCAUCACCCACCCGGUGCUGGAGCGCCCCCGUUCUCCCCUCCACCGAGCCAGACGGGUUUCUUCAUGCCGGGGGCUCAACGGCCAGAGUCCGGCGAAACGUGGGCUGAAAGUGGCAAACCCCCCAGGAGGAGGAAGAAGGUCCGCAAACCCUUCCAGAGGUGAAGUCUGUUGACUUCUCCGUGCGUCAACUUAGCAACACAGGGACACAAUAAAUAAUGGCCAUGUUUGUCUUUCGCGUGCCUGUUGGCAUGCCGGGAAGGCUGUGGUCAGAUCAGUCAGAGGAGAUAGAGACUGGAUCAUGAAGAGGAGCCGGUUGACUGAGUCAGAGUAUUGAAUGAGGGUUUAAGAGGUGGCAGUGACGGUGCUUUACCUCUCAGUUCACCUUAUUGUUUUGUCUGUCUUUGAGACAACUGUAGCCUUGGCAUUGAAAUCCUCAUCAGGAUGCUGUAAUAAAACGUUUUCCUUUCAUAAUUUCCUGCCAAAUCCUGCAAUGCAUGAUUUAUUCACCUGCAUUUUAUCACUUCAGUUCUUUCACUUUUGUUGUUUAUGUUUUGUGUAAGGAUAGUUUAAGACAUUGGGGUAACAGAUUUAUGGUUGACCAUAAUCAACAUGAAGACUAUAAUGAUCUGGGCAGCUUCACUGUGUCAUUGUUACUCAUGUUUAGUGGCUUGUGGAUCUGCUUCCAGAGCCAAGAAAUAAAUCCAAACCAGCCAAGCCAAACUUAACUACAUUUACAAAAACAUCAGAUUUAUUUAAAUAUGCGGUCAUCUUUAACAUCUGCAGAAUCAUUUGUGUACACAAAGCUGCACAUUUUGAAAAGCUGACACAGUUUUAUUGUUAAACUGGCCUGAGAGCGGCUUGUUUUCCCAGGAAGAUCAGUGGUGUGGUUCUCUGGUAAUAGCUGUACAGACUGCACAAGAGGGCAAAAUGAUAUUUGUGUAUACAUACCUCAGUGG